CGGGGCUGGCGGCCUCGCCCUGCCGCGGUCUCGGUGCGUUGUGGGCUCUUCCCUCUCGACCGAAGCGAUGGCGGCGUUCGAUGCCUCCGAUACAGCACUGAAGCGGUUCGCCCUGAGAUGAAGGCCUCGUGCUGCUGUACUUGCUGUACCUGGGUGCAGUGCAGCUGUCAGCCUCCGAGCUGCUCUGCUUGCUGACGCUGAAAAGUGUGGGAUUUUGACUGUUCAAAAUGAAUGAGCAUCCUAAGAAGAGGAAACGGAAGACACAGCACCCUUCUCGAUAUUCAGAUUCUUCAGGUGCCCCUAAAUAUAUAGACAAUAGUGGGAUUUUUUCUGACCACUGCUACAGUGUUUGUUCUAUGAAACAACCAGACAUAAAGUAUUCUGAAAACAGAGGUAGAUACCAUAGUCCGGUGCAGGGCAUAGACACAGAUGAUGAUGGGAGUCCAGUGCAUGCUGGGACUUCUCAGUGGAGUGGGUCACAUUCAAACGUAGGGUUGCACUAUACAGACCCUAAAAAGAAGGAUAAAGAUAAAGCUGCUAAUAAUGGAAUGUGCAAAGACAUAUGUGACUCACCUAUAUUCAGUGACAGCCCUACAGAAGAAGAAAAACCUCUUGAUAUUCAAACCGUAGAAAUUUCUACAACAGAAGUUAAUGCUGUAGAAGUCCAUGAUAUAGAAACACAAACUGUGUCACCUGAGAAGCUAGAAGCUGAGGACCUAGAGGAGAUCCCUCUUGAAACCUGUAAAAUCUUUGAGAAGAACCAGGCUUUGAAUAUCACAGCUCAGCAGAAAUGGCCUUUGCUGAGAGCCAACAGCAGCGGCCUGUACAAGUGUGAGCUCUGUGAGUUUAACAGCAAGUACUUCUCUGAUUUAAAGCAGCACAUGAUCCUGAAGCAUAAGACGUGUGCGGACACUCAUGUCUGUAAAGUUUGUAAAGAAAACUUCUCCAGCAAAGUGCAGCUCAUUGAACAUGUGAAACUGCACGAGGAGGACCCAUACAUCUGUAAAUACUGUGAUUACAAAACGGUGAUAUUUGAGAAUCUGAGUCAGCACAUAGCAGACACUCACUUCAAUGACCACCUUUAUUGGUGCGAGCAGUGCGAUAUGCAGUUCUCCUCCAGCAGCGAGCUGUACCUGCACUUCCAGGAGCACAGCUGUGACGAGCAGUAUUUGUGUCAAUUCUGUGAGCAUGAAACAAACGAUCCAGAAGAUCUGCACAGCCACGUGGUGAAUGAACACGCGUGCCGACUGAUAGAGCUCAGCGACAGCUAUCAUAACAAGGAGCGUGGACAGUACAGCCUCAUAAACAAAAUCAGUUUUGACAAAUGCAAAAACUUCUUUGUAUGCCAAGUGUGUGGCUUUAGGAGCAGGCUGCAUACAAACGUCAACAGGCACGUAGCUAUUGAACACACCAAAAUAUUCCCUCAUGUUUGUGAUGACUGUGGAAAGGGCUUUUCAGGUAUGUUGGAGUAUUGCAAGCAUUUAAGCUCUCAUUUAUCUGAAGGGAUUUAUUUGUGUCAGUACUGUGAGUAUUCAACAGGACAGAUUGAAGACCUUAAAACCCAUUUGGAUUUCAGGCAUUCCACAGACUUGCCACAUAAAUGUACUGAUUGUUUAAUGAGAUUUGGAAAUGAAAAAGAUCUUCUAAGUCAUCUUCAGAUACAUGAGACAGCUUGAUUAUUUUCUUUCCCUGCAAUAAGCUUGUUAGGAUUGGAAUUAAAAACACGAUAUUAAAUACAGUUUUAAUAGCACUUGUACAAUUAUAAUGUUUUUAUGUCAACGAAGCAUGUGUAAUGGCUUGGUGUUAGGAAUUUCCUUUCCUAGGAGCUUCCGUAGGUAUAAUCACACGUACAGUGGGAUGGAUCGCAUUCUGGGGGGAGGGACAGGGAAUAGUUGCAUGUCGUAAUAGUUCCAACUGUUAUCCCACACUUUCACAUGAAAGGUACAACAGCAGCUCUUUGGAGUUUGAUAUGACAGAGGGAAAGCCAGCUUCUCCGUCCAUGCUGAAGUAAUACCAUACUGAUCUCAGCUGCAUCUCCUACUCAUGUUAUCCUCCACAGCAGCAGGGCACUGCUCGCUUUUAGAAAAUGGCACCAGCUUGCUGAAGAUAACUGCGUUCCAAAAAUUCCUGAGCAUGAGAAUGUCAAAAUUCAUAUGUCAGCCUGUAUUGACCACCUUGUAUUCUUGAUAAGCUUUUAAAAUUGGUGCGUCUUUCUCUCAAGGUUACCUAUCCUACCUCAUCGUUUGUUUGAGUCUUUGGUCAGUGUUCAACUUCAAAUCCUGUCCCAACAAUGCUUUCAUCCACACAUUUAAUAGGGACUGCCAACAUCACUUCCAUUUCUUUUAUUUACCUUCAGUUGCUGUCUUUGUUUUGAUGCACAAAGGAGACAUAUGUACUGCUUGUGUGCAGUCUGGGUUGGGUUUUAAGCGGCAAUUCUAAGGGGAUGUGUGAAGUGAUCCAGCUGAGAAUAUAUAGUGUAACUUUCAUAUUUAAAAUCUUAGUUUAGCUCUGAAAUAUGUCACCAACCUCAUUUGGAGAAAGCCUCUGUAAGUAAACUAGUUCAUAAUUAUUCUGUAGAUUUAUAAUUAGCUUUCUAUGACUAGUAAUUUGAGGGAAGUGAUUUUAAAUCUGUAUGUGAUAAAUGUACUGGUUCAAACACUGGUAUGGUUUAAAAAAAAUAAUCAUUUAAAAGUGGUUUAGUACAGCUAUUCUGAUUAGAUAGAUAGUGUUCUUUGGGCAUUACAAUCUUACUAAGUGAAUUUUUAAGCUUCAGUCCAUAGCUGUGUUUCUCAGUGACUGAUAGUUGUACAGUAAUUAAGGGUGAGAUCAUUUAGACUGUUUAGCUAUCAGGGUGAAGUAAUCCAUAAAAUGGUGGAGUUUGUUUCUGUACUGAUUGUAAAUUUGUAAGAUUGUCUAAUGUAAGUAUUAUAUAGGCAUAAUUAAUGUAUAAAACAUUUCCUGAUUGGUGA